UUGUGUUUCCUCAGAGAUGUGCAGGUGAGGAGCAUGGAGCAGACAGUGAGAGUGGCAGAGAAGAACAUGGGGGAGCUCUGCUCCCUCCUGGCCUCCUACACCAGGAAGACGGCCAAGCUCAGAGACAAGGCGGACCAGUUGGUGGCCCAGCUUUUCCAUUUCUCCAGCACGGAGGACCCUGAGCUUCAGAUCGGUCUCAAAAUCCUCGCCGAAGAUCUGGCCAUGGUUCAGGAUUAUAGACAGGCUCAGGUAGAGAGGCUGGAGACCAGAGUUGUUGAUCCUCUAAAAGUCUAUGGAGAGGUAAUCAAGAACAAAAGGACUGAUCUAAAGAAAUUCAGCAGUGACCUGAACAGAGAGCAGAAGGAGUUGCAGAAAGUGGAUAAAAUCCGAAGGAGGAACCCUGCUGAUCGACAAAGCAUUGUAUCCUUUGCGGAGGUCAUUGCACAGAAGGCUUCCACCAACGUCCAGAACAGCAUUAGACAACUGGAGGAGACCAUCACGGAGUUCCAGAAACAAAAACUGGAGGGCAUCAAAUCUAUCAGCAAUUUGCAUCAUCAGAGAGGCGUGGAGGAUGAGCUGGAACAGGAGGAAGAUGAUGAAGAGGAGACAGACGCAGAGGAACAGGAGGAGUCUGAGUCAGACAUGGAGAACAGUGGGAACUCCAAACGGCAGUCUUAUGCCUCUCAAUAUGUCCAGAUGCACACAUGA